UUUGAGGGCACGACCGUUCAUUCAGAUAGGAUGCAGCUUCAGCUCUACGCCCAUCCAGCAGUGGCGGAGGCUCCGACUGCCAGAAGCUCUCGCUAUUCCAUGGGCACCUUCUUCUAUGCUCUCUUUAUUCUAUCUCUACUCUUCUCCACACUCGGAGCAGAUGAUGAUUCUUCGAUCGUCUCCAGGUUCCAACGCUACCUCCAGAUCAACACUGCCCAACCAAACCCUAACUACUAUGAAGCUGCCGAUUUCAUCGUCUCUCAAGCUCAAUCCAUCUCUCUCCAUUCCCAAACCCUCGAGUUCGUCAAGGGGAAACCUAUUGUUCUCCUCAAAUGGCCCGGCUCUAACCCGAAUCUCCCCUCCAUCCUCCUCAACUCCCACACCGACGUUGUUCCGGCUGAGCAUCAUAAAUGGACUCACCCUCCGUUCGAUGCUCAUGUUGAUGACAACGGCGACAUCUACGCCAGGGGGUCUCAGGACAUGAAGUGUGUUGGUCUGCAGUACCUGGAAGCCAUUCGCCGGCUCAAGAGUUCUGGAUUUCAGCCGCUUCGGACGGUGUACUUGUCGUUUGUUCCCGAUGAGGAGAUUGGCGGACACGACGGCGCGGAGAAAUUCGCUGAUUCGGAUGAGUUCAAGAAGAUGAAUGUUGGAAUCGUGCUUGAUGAAGGUUUGGCUUCUCCGAAAGAGAAUUACAGGGCGUUUUAUGCGGAGAGGAGUCCGUGGUGGCUGGUAAUCAGGGCUACUGGAGCUCCCGGACACGGGGCGAAGCUGUAUGACAACACUGCCAUGGAGAACAUUCUGAAGAGCAUUGAGAGUGUGAGGAGGUUUCGGGCAGCACAGUUUGAUUUGGUGAAGUCGGGUUUGAAGAGUGAAGGCGAGGUUAUCUCGGUCAAUAUGGUUUUCCUAAAGGCUGGCACACCAUCCCCAACUGGCUUUGUCAUGAACUUGCAGCCUUCUGAGGCAGAGGCUGGUUUUGACAUCCGGAUCCCACCAACUGCUGAUCAAGUAUCCUUGGAGAAACGGAUUGCUGAGGAAUGGGCACCUGCUUCACGGAACAUGACAUUUGAGCUUGGGCAGUUUAAGCAAAAGGUUUCAGUGAAUGACAAGUUUGGGAAGCCAGUCCUCACAGCUACAGACAGUUCUAAUCCAUGGUGGACCUUAUUAGAAGGAGCUGUGAAGAAAGUCAAUGAAAAACUUGGAAGGCCAGAGAUCUUUCCUGCCUCAACUGAUGCUCGCUAUUUCCGGCAACUGGGCUUGCCAGCAAUUGGCUUCUCCCCUAUGAAAAACACACCUAUUCUACUUCAUGACCAUAAUGAGUUUCUGAACCAGGCUGAGUACCUGAGAGGAAUUGAGAUCUAUGAGUCGAUAAUCAAAGCUUAUGCAUCUUUCAACGAACAUACAAGAGAUGAAGACCGCAAAGAAGAAUUGUGAGGAAUCAGAGACGCCUGUUCAGCUCUUAAUAGACAUGUUCAGCCUCACUUCCCAGUUUCCACCUUGCUGUGAGAUGAUCAGAAUUAGAAAUAACAUCUUUCUCAGUGAUGUAUUGGAAUUUUACAUGUGAUGCAAAAUAAACAUGAUCAUCCUCACAUGUGGUUUGUACAUUGUACCAACAAAUAAGUAUUUAACUCAUAAUUCACAACUGGAUGUUGAUCGGCAACUUGAAGAAUGUGGAGGGACUUGAAAUUACCAUCAAUGCAAACUAUCGGUAUCAAAAUUUCAUUUGAA